AAGACACCAUUUUCUCGAGUUCCAAGACAAGAAUAAGGUUGUGGUCGGUGGAGAACAGGGAGUAACUUCUUCCUUUGCCGGCCCGGAGGCAUCGGUAUCUCAACAAAUUUAUAUGAACUAGAUUUCGUAUUGGAGUGUAGAAGAGGACAAAUUUAACCUUCGUCAUGCCGAGGGAACCUAGCAAAAGCACUGUGCUGACACACACACUUGGGCUUCGCCUGCACAUGUUCAUGACAUCACAACUGUCAGAGUUCAACAGGACGUUUGAAGAUGAGCACAUGACAUGGCUGAACGAAAUCCUAGAGGUGGCCAAGAAAUCUUUUGCCAGGAAAGAACCAGAGUUGCUACCCAAGACACCGUCAGCCAAGAACCGCAGGAGACGGAUACGCAAACUUCCAGAAGUUGAGGAGGAGGAGGAGAAUGUGGAGCCUGCAGCUAAAAGGAGGAGCUCUGCCUCCAGAAGGAGUAGGGCCAUGCGGCGAUCCAACGCUCACGAGCUCAAGGCCAUCUCCGAGACAGAACUGCUGAAGGCAACUCUCAAAAUCCCUCCACAAAAUGUGGAAGACUGCAAGACUCCGCCCCCUACGGCUCCCAGCCAAUCGGUGAGCUUCGCCCAGCCGCCUCCCACCAGGACCUCCCGGUCUACUCGCACGCGGGGAGGAAAUACCACGGAGUCGGAUUCAGAGGCCGAGGUGACGGUGAUUCGACCAACCAGAGCAACCCGUGCCUCUAGGCAGAGAAACGUGGUGCAGAACAGCACCGAUACAGAGGGAGAAGAAACUACAGCACAAAUCCCAAGGUCCAGAGUCAGCAAAAACAAGAAGUCUGACUCUGAAUCAGACACUUCAAAGGCAUCCGGCAAAAGUGACACGGAGGGAGAAGAGCCCAUUGCAACAAACCGGUCGACACGUACCAAAACCAGACUGCAGAAGGAAUCAGACUCUGAUGCAGUGCUGGUGUCCGACAAAAGCGAAACUGACGGCGAAGAAACUACAAAACCAACGAGGUCCACACGUACCAAAACUAGACAGCAAAAGGAGUCAGAACCAGAGUCUGAUGCAGCGAUGGCAUCUGACAAAAGUGAAAAGGAUGGCGAAGAAACUACAGCGACAACGAGGUCCACGCGUACCAAAACUAGAUUGCAAAAGGAAUCAAAAUCAGAGUCCGACGCAGAAAUAGUAUCUGGCAAAAGCGGAACCGACACCGAAGGCGAAGAAACUGCCACCACGACCAGGUCCACACGUACCAAAACCAGGCUGCAGAAAGAAUCGGACACCCAGAAGUCGCCCACAAAGACGAGACAAGCCAACAAGAUCAAGAUCGCAGACAAGGUAGCCGAGACAGCAACAGAAAGCGAGACUUCAGAGGGAGACAAGAAUCCUACAACAAGUGAAAGUGAGGAGCAAGAGGUAGAAGAGAUGGAAAUAGAAACGCAGCGCUUCUUCCCCGAUGUUCUGAAGCCUGCAACCCCCGGUACCGGCUUCGUCAAGGAUCUCAUCAAGAAACACGAAGAAAUGAUCGUAAGUUCUUCCGAUGAUGACACACCCCAGAAACAUCUGAAGAAGCCAAGAGGAGGAAAAGUGCAGCAGAAGUCAAAGACGCAGCUAGUAGCAAGCCCCGCUCCUCAGCCGCAACCAAUGAGAAGCACUCGCUCGAAGGCAAGGCAGUUUGUGUCGGCUGCAGCCAGUAAGAUCGCGGAAUGGAUGGGAGGGAAAGAAGCGACAGUAACUGAAAGUGCAACCACGGCGGGCGCUUCUGAAAAUGUUGAAGAAGCUGCAACCCAAGAAGAAGAGAUGCAAGUGUCUGUCGAGCAAGACAGCUUAGAAGAGGAGACCGCCAAGUCCGACAUCUCAAGCACGAGCAACAGAUCGACACGGUCUACGCGGUGUAGCCGCCGCAGCUCCAAACGCCAGUCUGUCAGGCUCUCCUGCAAAGUCGCGGCUGCCAAGAGGAAAUCUUCCGUCCUCCCUCGCCAGAAAGUGGAGGUGGCGGAGACAGCAGGGCGCAUGUCCACGCGAGCUUCGCGUUCCCGCGCCUCACACGUGUCGACAGUGUCGGAUGACGGCAAAGAUUCCGCAGUGGAGGAGAUGGAACGACCACCCAGUCAGAAGAGAACAUCACGAAGUGAUGAUAGCUCAGAUGGAGGAGAGACCGCCCCGGCCAAGAAGCGAUCCAAACUGUCCCAUUCUGAGGAGCCAGAGGUCGUUGACCUGUCCAGGGAUAGCCUAGAGAACAGCCAGGGCUCUCAGGCAAGCUCCAAAGGAACAAGCGCGAGCAUAGCGAAAUCUGAGGAUAACUCCACUGAAGAUGAUGAAGAAAGUGACAUUGUGGACAAGACACCGUCACCCAAGUGUCCGCGGAACAAGGCAAUUUUUUCAAGACCUCUUCUGAGAUCACAACAACGGGUUGUUCGUCCCCGUCCGAAGCAAUUCUCGUUCCUGACAGGCAGCAGCAGUUCUCUCAUGACCCCGGGUAACCUGAACGCCACGGUCACCUCCUUCAUCAAGAGGAACACUCCUGUCAAACAGAUGUCUUCAGAGGAGAGAGCCAAACAGAUGAAACUAAAACUGGCCGCUAAGAAGGCAAAGGAGGCAGAAAUCAUCAAGAAGAGAGAGGAGGAGAAGAAGCAGAAAAUGGAAGAACAAAAACGAAAACGAGAAGAGAGAACCAAGCGCGCUGCUAAGCUGCGAGAACAGAGAGAGAAGGCGGACAAGGAGAAGAAACUCCGUCUGGAGAAGGAGUACAGCCACCGCGUGGCCGAGACAGAGAAGAUAAAGGAGGAACGUCUUGCAGAGGACGCCGCGAGGAAGAAGCUGAAGUUACAGAAGAGAGCCGAGGCCGAGGCUAGGAGGAAACAAGAGGAGGAGGCCAGGCUACUGAAACUGAAGGAACAGGAGGAGGAACAGCGACGCCACCGCGAGCUCAUCCUGCGUAAGAAAGAACACGAGGAGGCGGAGAGAGCGGCACGGGCGGAGGAACUGCGCCGACAGGCCGAGGAGCGGCGGCAGGAGCUGGAGAGGGAGAGACAGCGCGAGAUCGAACUCAGGAAACAACAGGAGGAGGAGAAGGAGAGAGAGAGGCUACGCCUCGCAGAGGAGAGGGAGCGCGAGCGUAAGGAAAGGGAACGUGAGAAGGAGCUGCAGCGUGAAAUGGAGAGGAAGGCUCGCGAGGAGGCGGAAAGGAGAGCGCGGGAAGAGGCUGAACGCAAGAAGAAAGAAGAGUACGAGAAGCAGAAAGAAAGGGAUCGGCAGCGGCUUGCGGAGAUCAUGCAGAAGGAGCGCGAGCGACAGGAACGGGAGCGGCGAGAGAUUCAGGAGGCCGAGGCGAAGAAACGUGCGGCCAUCAUGAACUCCUCCCUGAACACCAGCUCCACGGCUGCUAACACCAGUAUGAACAGCAGUCUGCACAAACCCAACCUUAAUGGCACCUUCAACAAGGAGGGGAACCCUAACUCGUACGACAUGACCCCUCAGCAGAAGCGUACGUACAAGGCCGCGACUGAGGAUAACUACCACAUCGAGGAUCUCAACAGCGAUGACUCUACAGACGACGAGGAUCAGCCGCGUAAAAAGAUCCCGCGAUGGGCGCAGGGUGCCCCAUUGAAAGCUCAGCUGAUCAACCAGUGCUACUAUCCUCCUGAUCUCAGUAAGAUCUUCGGUGACAUCAUCGACACUCCGGACCUCAGCCAGGUCUUCGGCGUGAAGAAAUCUCGCUUCAACAAGCGAACAAGCUCCGCUGUCUGGAACUCCCCUCUACUCAAGUCUUAAAUCACCAUUCUGGAUAAUCUAGUAUAGACUUAUUCUUGCAAAAAGUACUUGCAUUAAAAGAAACUCCUGUAAGGAGGUUGUUUUUUUAAAGUUCCUCCAAAGCGCAAGAUCUUACGAGCAGCACUUAGCAAAGUCGGGUAAAGGCUUUAGAUGACAUUUUUUCGUUAUUCCUUUAUCCUAACUGUAAAUAAAUGGGGUAAAGUAGAGAGAUUUUAGAUUUUGUGCAAAUUUGGAAGUGUGAGCUAGGUCGUAGAAAGGAGCUGUCAAAUUCAGUUGAAACAUAUUUUACAUUUUAAUUUCUUUUACAUUAAGUCAUUUUGAGCAGUAUGAUUCUAGUAUGAAAACAAAAGUGAGAUUUUUAUGUUCAUUUUUGACACAUUAUUUUGUUUUUUAUUGGAAAAAUAAGGUUUAAACUUGGCAAAGAGUCUACAUAUUGCAGACCUACAUGUAUAUUUGAAGGCACUAUAGAGCACACUAGCAUUAUGAUCAGAAAAAAAAACACUACAUUUACUUCAGAUGCUGUAUAGUUUUCUUUCACUUCUCGUAGAUUUUAUGCUGCUUUUCAGAUUCAAAAUACAAGUAGAGAGAAAUCCUCUUUGUUGUGCAAAUUUAUACAAGUCUCAGUUUAAUAUUACAUCAUUGAUAUCAUAAAUAGAUGUACAUAUAACUAGUCAUUUUUUUCUGUCUUAUUUUUCAAUGGUCGGAAAACAUGGGAUAGCAUAAUAAUGCUGGGAAUUGGGAUCUGUUUUGUUUUUCAGAUCAUUUGAAAGACAACGCAUAUUGAUAAAGAAUUUGCUGUUUUUAUUAUUUCUAGAUAGUAAUAAACGUGAAAAAGCUA